CCAGCAUGCAUGCAGCAGCAGUCCGUCCUCCACACUCAGGAUCUGACUGAGUUUCUCUGUGGCUUCCUGCUUCCUCAACCAGAGUGGCAGUUAAUCUUCGAGCAGCAGCUGAGCAACCAGUAGUGGGGGACACGCAGGGGCUGCAGAAUCCAGAGGGAGCUUCUUGUUUGGUGUCAAAUGCCGUUUCGGGACGGACUCAGCUCCAGCAGGCCCACACUGAGCUCUGGUCCCGCCGGUUGCUCUUGAGUCCCGGAUCCUCUGCAGUCUACCAUGGGCGGCGGGUCGUUUUGGAGAUAAACAUAGAGACUGACCCGACUGGCACCAGUUAUGAGACCACAAUGGACUUGGGCAUGCUGCCAGGACAGUGAAUCUGCUGGUCCGGACCAGGAGAGGGAGAAGCGCUGGGCUGAGCUGUUUGAACAGCUGGACCUCAACAAAGAUGGACACAUUGACAUCCUUGAACUGCGGACAGGGCUGGCAGGCCGAGGGUUUUCCAGAGGCUCCCUGGAGAGGAUGGUGCAGGCUGGGGACACCAACCAGGAUGGAGUGCUGGACUUUGAAGAGUUCACGCAGUAUCUUCGCACCCAUGAAAAACAGCUCAAAAUCAUGUUUAGUAACCUCGACAGAAACAAUGAUGGUCAGAUAGAUGCAGCAGAGAUCCAGCACUCGCUGCACACCAUCGGUGUAGACAUCAGCCUCAAGGAUGCCACCAGGAUUUUGCAAAGAAUGGACAAAGACGGCACCAUGACCAUUGACUGGAAUGAGUGGCGAGACUACUUCCUGUUUAACCCUCUCACUAACAUGGAGGACGUGGCACGCUACUGGAAGCGUUCACUGAUGUUGGAUAUAGGUGAGCAGCUGACAGUCCCAGAUGAAUUUUCUGAAGAGGAGAAGAAGUCUGGUUAUGUGUGGCGGCAUUUGAUGGCUGGAGUAAUGGCUGGAUCUGUAUCUCGGACUGGGACUGCCCCCUUAGACCGCCUCAAAGUCUUCCGACAGGUUCAUGGUUCCACUGAUUUUAAAGGGAAUGUGCUGAGCAGUUUUCAGUACAUGGUGAAAGAAGGAGGACUGCGGUCGUUGUGGAGGGGCAACGGCAUCAAUGUUCUUAAAAUUGCUCCAGAAACUGCAAUAAAGUUCACAGCUUAUGAACAGAUCAAGAAUGUGAUGUGUGGCAGUAAUGAAAAAGGAAAUCUGAGGGUUCAUGAGAGGUUUGUUGCCGGCUCUUUGGCUGGAGCUACUGCUCAGACAGCCAUCUACCCAAUGGAGAUGCUGAAGACCCGUCUCACACUAAGAAAAACAGGCCAAUACUCAGGGAUGGCUGACUGUGCCAAACAGAUUCUACAGAGAGAAGGUAUCACAGCCUUCUACAAGGGCUACGUACCGAACAUGCUGAGUAUUGUCCCUUAUGCCGGCAUCGACCUGGCUGUCUACGAGACUCUGAAGGUGGCCUGGUUGAACAGGAACAGAGGUUUAGCUGACCCAGGAAUCAUGGUGCUGGUCGGCUGUGGUGCCUUUUCCAGCACCUGUGGACAGCUGGCAAGUUACCCGCUGGCACUGAUCCGCACCCGAAUGCAGGCACAAGAUGGAGCGGGAUAGGAGGAGGAGAGAACUGCAUCAUGUGAAGUCUUCCGUCAGUCUAGGCCUGUUACAGCAUAACUAAGAGAUUGUUCAGGACUAGCAUGAGCUCAAUAGCUGAAGGCUCUGGUUACCAUUCUACUUCUGGAGACACUAGGAACUGCAAGUAACCCUGCUUUCUGGGAGCGCAGUGCUCUGGUAGCAUAAUAAGAUACUAUGAGCUCUUUAAAACAAGAUGGCGCCUGACCAUUAAGAGCUUUGUUACUGAGGAGAAGGAUUUUAUAUUAUAUUCUGGAUUUUACAGGGGGCCAAUGCAGAGAAGCUAAAACAGGAGAAAUCAUUCUCAAGGGAAUAUAUUUAACAUAUAAAAUUUAAGUUUGUUGUGCCU